CCGUUUCAAGCCAUAAAAGGAAAAACGCUGUGCCGUUUCUCUCCCCAAAACCCCAUUCACCUGAAGCCCCUCUUCCGUCGUUCCCUCACGCCAUUGUCGUCUGCAGUUCUUGUUUUCACGGUCGGCGAACAUGGUGCUCUCCAACAAGAAGCUGAAGGAGAAGCUAAGAGCGGCUUUAGCCGAAUCCCUGGCGAAAAACGAAUCAAACGCCGACCUUCAUCACGCAAAACCCGCCAAUCCCGAUCAAGAUUCGCGGCCAGAGUCCCUGAAACAGCUCAUGGGCUCGGCAACCCAGAGACCCAGAUUGUCCAAGCGAGAGAAACGCAGAAAAAAUCGGUCUUUGGGAGGUGGGGUCGAUAAUGGCGAGAAAGAAGAUGAGGGUGUUAUAGAGAGGAGGGAGAAGAGCUCGUUUGAGGAAGUGGGCAAUGGUGGCGAUGAGAGGAAGGAGGAGAAGAGAAAUAAGAAGAGGAAGAUAGAUGAGGGGACUGAGAAUGGAAGCUUGGGUGCUGAGGAGGGUGGUGGUGAUGUGAGUGUGAAAGAGGCCAAGAAGAAGAAGAAGGAAAAGAAGAGGGAUGAGGGGACUGAGAAUGGAAGCUUGGGUGCUGAGGAGGGUGGUGGUGAUGUGAGUGUUGAAGAGGCGAAGAAGAAGGAAAAGAAGAAGAAAAAGAAGAAGAGUAAAACGGGUAAGAAGAAGGAGAAGGGUGAGGACAAGAUUGAAGAGGACAAGGCUGUGGUUGAACAUGCCGUGGCGGAGGUCAAUAGUCAAGAGAGUGAAGAUGUUGCUCGGAAAGUUUAUGUUGGCGGUAUCCCCUACUACUCCUCAGAAGAUGAUAUAAGAAGCUACUUUGAAGGUUGUGGCACCAUAACAGAAAUUGAUUGUAUGACUUUUCCUGAGAGUGGGAAGUUUAGAGGAAUCGCCAUUAUCAGUUUCAAGACAGAGGCUGCAGCUAAGCGAGCUUUGGCUCUUGAUGGUUCCGACAUGGGCGGACUCUUUCUCAAAAUCCAGCCCUUCAAGGCAACUCGAGCCACUAAAACAGCCGAGUUCGCCCCGCCGAUUGUUGAAGGCUACAACAGGAUCUACAUUGGGAAUUUGUCAUGGGAUAUAACCGAGGACGACGUGAGGAAAUUCUUCUCAGAUUGCAACAUAUCGUCUAUACGUUUCGGUAUGGACAAGGAAACGGGAGAGUUCCGGGGCUACGCCCAUGUGGAUUUUUCCGAUAGCCUUGCAAUGGCGAUGGCCAUUAAGUUGAAUCAGCAGGUUUUGUGCGGUAGGCCUGUUAAAAUAAUGAGUGCAAUCCCUAAGGAAGGUGUCAAAAGCAGUGCAAGAACCGUGUCGGCGAAUACCACAGUCUAUAACGCAAAUACCACAGUCGAUAAUGCUAAUUCCGCAGUCGAUAACACUACUACUGGAUCGACCGUCAGCAGUGGCAAGAUGAAGAGAAGAACCUGCUAUAUAUGCGGCGAGAAGGGCCAUAUUUCUUCUGCUUGUUCUAAGAAGCCAGCUGAUGCUUCGACAAAUCCAGAUGCAACUUAAUAAGCUUCCGAUCAAGAGGUUACAAAUUCUUUGCUCGCUUGUUCUUUAGUCUCCUUUAGGUACUAGAAACAGUUCAUCCUCGGGGGCAGCAUUUUGAAAUGGUCAGUGAACUUCCGUGUGGAAAUCAACUGCUAAGAGGAAUGCUGUCGUGCAUGUGCAUAUCAAGUUGGCGUUUCAGGUCAAGCAAGUAGUGUAAAAUUAGACCAGAUGGAGAUAGUAUCAUAUCUAGAGUCUCUCAGUGGAUAAGGAGCUACUGUUAUUGAAUAGACUUUUCGAUGCUGUUUCAUUGAGACAUUCUGACGUCCGACGAACAUGAUUUUUUUUGUUUUGGCCGACGGUUGGAAGCUACUGCUGCGAUGUGGUGCUUGGAGAAAUAUGUUUAACUUCUGCGUCCCUUCACUCUGUAAUGAAGUUUUGGCCUUUUUUCCAUUUUGACAAUAACAUUGUAAUGUUUCUGGCUCAUAGAAAGAUGUUCAACUUCUUCCUGGUGGGAA